UCGUGGAGUGUAUGUGUCAUCCAUAGAUAUGUGGGAGGUUACCAAGACCGCGAAUAAAUUGAACUUGGAGGGAAAUCCGAUUAAAAACUUGGCAUUCCCGAUAUAUUUCAUGGAUGAGGUUAACUUGAGAAAUUGUGCGUUGGAUAAAAUUCCACCAAAUGGCCCAUUCGUAGACACAUCGCUAAAAAGCAUAAACCUGGAUUCUAAUAACUUGACUACUCUAUCCUGGACUGAAUUUCGUGUGGCGCGUUCCUUGACAAAACUCUCGUUAAAAGAUAACCCUUGGAGGUGUGAUUGUCAUAUGCAAUUUUUGAGAGAAUUUCUUCGUAAUGUGAAGGACAUAGAUAUUUCAAAGGAUGUGGUGUGUGAUUCACCCCAAGAAUUAAAGGGACGAGGACUGGGGUCAAUUUCAAGAUGGCAAGUAUUACCUUGUCCAUUGAGACAUGGGGGGUUGAUAGGAGUGGCCACUGAAGAUAAGAUUACGCUUCAAUGUUUAACCCAGGGUGUGCCAGAACCUGUGAUUAAAUGGUAUCAAGGGACAGUUGAUAAGGAUAAUUUAUUAGAGAGUCAGCCUGGAAUCUCAAUUUAUAAGGUGCCGUUACCCAACUCGGAAACCGGACAACUUUACCGGUACGAAUGGGAAAGCAAGCUGGAGAUCUUGUCCAACUCGUCCCUAUACGAGAGACCUUGGACGUUCUGGUGUACCGCGGAAAAUCAGUAUGGUAAUGUCACACAACAAGUCACAUUGCCUCGCCCGGAUGUUACUGAUGCACGAGUAAUUGAACCACCUCGACCGGUUUAUGUUCAUACGACGCCAGCGCAAAUAGAAAUCGUGUCCGAAACUGAAGUACCAACAACACCGGCAGCUUUCCCACCAAUCUUACCAAACUCCAAAAACGUGUCAUCUUUCCAUGUUACAGAGAAAAUUCAAUCCCCGCCUUCAAUCAUGACCUCAAAUAUUUUACAAGAAGUGAAAACCACUCCGUUUGACGACUCGUAUUUUAGGCAGGUUUCACUAGUAAUUUGUAUCACAGUGGUGAUAUGUUUACUCUUUUUGGUGGUACUGAUCCUCCUGGUGAUACGAUUUAUGGGGAAGGUCCAACAUUUAAUCGAUGAUAAUCAGACGAGUAGAGCGAGCCGGAAUUAUCCGGAUUCGAUUGACCUGCCUAGAAGGGUACCGAUGCCUCCACCAUCUUAUCGGAGCCGGAUGGGAGAAAGUACGUACGAAAAUUCGUACGCCACUGCGACAUACUUUAAGAAAUAUUGAAGUGAUUUGUUUACCGUUACUUAAUUAGUUUCUGGACUUUUUAAUCACAUAUAUUUUAAGGUUACGGA